UGGAGCCGUGUUUACUUUCCGGGCCGACGGGGCGCCUUUCCGGGGUGGUGCGUGUGCGAUGCUCGGCCCGGAUUGGGGCUGCGCGGGCUGAGGGAGUGCGUCUGGCGGAGGGACGCUGCGAGCCCGGCGGCCACCAUGAGUGGUUCACACAACGACACAAAAAGGCAGUUUCUUCUAGAACGGUUAUUGGAUGCAGUUAAACAGUGUCAAAUACGGUUUGGAGGAAGAAAAGAAAUAGCUUCGGAUUCUGAUAGCAGAGUCACUUGCUUGUGUGCUCAGUUUGAAGCUGUGUUACAGCAUGGUCUGAGGAGGAGCCGAGGAUUAGCACUAACGGCAGCGGCACUCAAACAGGCAGCAGGUUUCUCUAGUAAAACUGAAACAGAGCCAGUGUUUUGGUACUAUGUGAAAGAAGUUCUGAAUAAACAUGAACUGCAGCGCUUUUACUCUCUGAAGACAAUUACUACAGAUGUUGGCAGAGGUCGGGCUUGGUUGCGCUGUGCAUUGAAUGAACAUUCCUUAGAAAGAUAUGUUCAUAUGCUACUUGCAGACAAGAAUCGGCUUAGUGUCUUCUAUGAAGACUGGUCUUUUAUGAUGGAUGAAGAACAUUCUAGUAUGAUCCCUACAAUGGCAGCUGGUCUGAACUCCAUUCUCUUUGCAAUCAACAUUGAUAAUAGAGAUUUAAACGGACAAAGCAAAUGCACACCCUCAGUGUCUGAUCUAUUAAAGGAAUCAACACAAAAUGUAACCUCAUUAUUGAAAGAAUCCACUCAGGGUGUUAGCAGUCUUCUUAGAGAGAUAACUGCAUCCUCUGCUGUCUCUAUUCUCAUAAAACCUGAUCAAGACACUGACCCGCUUCCUGUUCUCUCAAAGAAUGUAAAUGCUGAAUUGAAAUAUAAGAAAGAUCGAAAAAAGAAGAAGAAGGUGACAAAUAUAAUCUCAUUUGAUGAAGAAAAUGAUGAACUAAGUGUGGGGGAUGCCACAAAGACCCUUAUGAUGGGACAAAGUUCAGUGGAGAAUUUAGAUAGGUCUUCAGUUUUUAUAUUACCCUCAUCCAAAACCAGUCAUGGAAAAAAUUCGAAUGGGAAUGAAAGUAACCACUCUUGGAAAAGUAUUUCUGUUUUCAUGAAUGGGGAGUAUGAAUACCAGAAACUAGAUGUGAAGAGUAUUGAUGAUGAAGAUGCAGAUGAAGAUGAACUAUGUGAAAAAACAUUAGGAAAUAAAGAAACAGAAGCUGAAACUGAGUCUUCGGAAAUGCCUCAUGAAAUAGUCACUUGCAAUGCUCAGAUAUGUGGUUGGUCUCCUCUACAAGUCCUGAAUUAUGACUCAGAUGUUCUGAUUCCUGUCAGUGCUGUUGACUCUUACUCCCAAACUGAAAGCUUGUGUAUGCAUUCUGCUCUAGAUAAACUGGAGAAUGGAGGGGGGCAUGAAAAUGUUGAUGCAGUAGAACUGUUUCCAAGAAGAUCUGACCUUCCCUACAGAGUGGAAGUCAGUCCUCCAGCUCAAGUGAAUACUUUAAGCAAUAUGUUGCCUUCAGCCACUGUGCCCGAAUCCAUGACAAUUAAUGAACUUCGUCAAGCUAUAGUGGCCAUGAUGAAUAGAAAGGAUGAACUGGAAGAACAGAAUAGGUCCCUUAGAAAUCUGCUUGAAGGUGAGAUGGAGCAUUCUGCAGCUAUAAGGCAGGAAAUGGACAAUUGGAGAAGGAAGGUAGCAGAACAGGAAGAGCGACAUGCCACAAAAGUUCAAGCCUUGGCACGAGAAAAUGAAGUGCUAAAAGUGCAACUUAAGAAGUAUGUAGGAGCUGUCCAGAUGCUCAGAAGAGAAGGUCAAGCAGUGGAAGUUUUGCCAAACAUUUGGAGUACUGAUGGUGAACUUACUGUUCCAGAGCAAAAGCAAGUAGAAAACAAUGAGGAACUAGCCAACUCAUAUGAAAGAAAAUUGAUUGAGGUGGCUGAAAUGCAUGGGGAGUUGAUUGAGUUUAAUGAGAGGCUGCACCGUGCUCUAAUGGCUAAAGAAGCUCUUGUGUCCCAGAUGAGGCAGGAGCUAAUUGAUUUGAGAGGACCGGUCCCUGGAGAUUUGAGUCAAACAUCUGAAGAUCAGAGUUUGUCAGACUUCGAAAUAUCAAAUCGAGCUCUUAUUAAUGUUUGGAUUCCCUCAGUCUUUCUGCGUGGAAAAGCUGCUAAUGCAUUCCAUGUUUAUCAAGUUUAUAUAAGAAUAAAGGAUGAUGAAUGGAAUGUUUAUCGAAGAUAUGCAGAGUUCAGAAGCUUACAUCAUAAAUUACAGAAUAAAUACCAGCAAGUGAGGACUUUUAACUUUCCACCAAAAAAAGCAAUUGGAAAUAAGGAUGCAAAAUUUGUAGAAGAGCGCCGCAAACAGCUACAAAAUUACCUAAGGAAUGUAAUGAACAAAGUUAUUCAAAUUGUGCCAGAAUUUACAGCCAGGCCUAAAAAAGAGACUCUCAUUCAGCUGAUGCCCUUUUUUAUCGAUAUUCCACCUUCUGGAGAAGGAGUAAGCAAAAGCAGUUGCUUGAGAGUGACUACACGCUUCCCAAAACUGACUCGCAGCCAUCAAAGAGAGCCACGAAGUCUGGAACCUCAAAGCGGUGAUCUCUGACCCUUCUAAUUCUGAAUACUGGCACUAAGUACUUUAAGUUGCUCUGUGAUUCCUUUGUAGCUUGUAUUUAUAAUUUAAGCUCCUGAAGAGACUACAGCUGCAUCAACUUAAAUCCUGAAAAAAGACAUUUAUUACUAAGGGUCAUAUCCUGACUCCUUUGGAAGUCAGUAAUCACUUUCUCAAAAAGAAUAUGAGGGCUCUUUACAAGGGCUCAAUCACACUUACAAGCAUUUUCUUUGUUUUUUGAAGCUUCAUUGCACAUAUUCUCCUUUGUUCUGUUCAAGCAAAUUGCUUGUUUCUGUUGUUGUGUCUGCCUUUGCACGUGUUCAUUUUUCUGGUUCACACAUGAGUAUUAUGUCAUGACAGUUUUCCUUAAAAAAAAACUGCUAUGUAUAUCACUUCUUAUUAUGUCAGAAAAAAGUGCUUAAAAUGACCUCACUAAUUUAUAAUCUUUUGUAAAUAGGAAUACUGUUUUGUUUUGGUUUUUUUUGUAAAUUACUAUUGUUUUCUUUUUUUUUUUUAAAGGUGACCAAGUAGAUGACGAGGGGAAAAUGGUACAAGUGGAAAAAGAGCUUUUCUAUGUUUCUAGCUAGGUAUUUUCAAUAGCUUUCAUCUGUGGCAAGUAAUUCUUUAAAAUCAGAGAAUAUCAUAAUUUUUUAGUGAAAUUUCAGUCUUGAUUUAAGGCUAGGUGCAAUAUUAUUAAUUCCUGUAAACCACCACAAAAUUAGCAUGGUACGAAAUAGUGUUUUCAAGUCUUGGGUUAUAGUUUGUUAUUAACUUGUCACUGUUGCUACUGAACAGUCCCUUAUCACUACAGGUGAUGGAAGUUCAGACAAGGAUUAACUGGAAGCUAGUUCAGUAUCCAACAGUUGCUCUGCCAUAGGCAGUCAAUUGUAUUUUAGCUAUCAUCUUUUCUUCAUUGAGUUUAAGCAGUGUACAUCCAGUUUUUCUGUCAGUUUUAUUCUGGUUUUCUUUUGUGUAAGAACAUCCUUUUCCUCUGAAGUACUGUUUUAUUGAAUAAUGUUAAUUUAAGUUUGUGUAUCUUGUCAUUUCAGUAUCUACUAAUUUUCUUCUCACAUCAGUAGAUACUGAGACCUAAUGUUACCCUGCAGGAAAAAAAAAUUAAGUAACUCAAGUUGAUGAUUCAUAACAGACUCUUUACAUCAGUGCUCUAUCAGACUCUGGCAGACAAGUUUCUGCUCUGCAGAACCUGUGACCAAUUCACAUUCUUUAGUUAGUUAUGGUUCUAGUCAUUUUCAAUGGCACUUCUUGAGUAGGAAUCAUUACAAACAGUAAGUAUUGGCUGUGGGCUGGAUCAAAAUCCAAAAUCUGAAAGUGCAACUUGGGAAAUAGCUUUUUUUUGUUGUUGUUGUUAAUUAAAAGUUGAAUUACUGUUGGUGUCUUGUGUAACUGAAGUAUUUACUGAAGAAAGAAUGAAGAAAGAAGAAAAGCCAGUAGUAGUAAGUCAGUUAAAACCUUUCCAAACUUCAGUUUGAUGCACUGCUGGCAAGUUAAGCUUUGCAUUCCCUGGAAGGAAAAAGCAGCUGUAAUGGUGGUUCCACUCUGAAACAAAACUAAAUUCACUUUUCAGAAAACAGGGUCUUGGUUAGUAGAAUUAUAACACACAUCAAUUAAUAAUGAAUUGCAAGUAAAUCUGGAAGAAAGCACUGUAUGAAAUCCUUUGUAAUGUAUUUGUUUGUCACUUGAAGCUGUUUGUGUUUUCAGGAAAUAAUUCACAGAUUAAGGAUUUUAUUCUGAAAGUUGCAAAUGGUAAGAAAAUUCAUUUUACACAAUCCAACUUCUAAAGUGUUCUAGUUGCUGAGGAGGAUUUUUUCUUGUCUCUACAUUUGGCUCUUAAAAUUAUUUCAUUCUUGUUUUAGUUCUUUUAAUUUUUUAAUGUAUGUAGAUUACACAAAAAUUCUGAACUUGUUUACUGUGUACAAUUUGUUCUUUAUUAAAUUCAUCUGAAUUAUAUAUCUGCUGCUAAGAAUACAGUCUGUAAACUGUGUGUAAUACAAGGUAGUGUAGUGAGUGCAUUACUAAUCCCUUUAAAUACUCAUCUGUGGCUUAUCUGAACUCAGAAGAUAGUUCAAUUAAGCCUUUCUUCACAAGUCAGAUUUUCCACCUCACUUGGAUACCUAUGAAAGGUGCUACUUGCAUGACUGUGAAGAGAUGCUUGGGAACAACCAAUGCCCAAAAUUUUAGCACCUCAGAACAUUCUAAAAUGGUCUGUCUUCUAUAGAAUUACAACUCUAUCACAAGUCCCACUAAUUGUUUAUUCAUCAAAAUCAGGAAUGACAGUUGAUGAAGGAUGACUUGAUGGCAUUAAGCAUUCCAAUGUAUUGUUCAUGUAAAAUAGCUGCAAAGGCAGCAAAGAUUCAGUCAACUGAGUGGAUUGUACCAGUUUGUCUUAUAUCGCCUAAUUCCAUGCACGUAAAUACAUUCUGUAGCAUGUAGUUAUCAUUUUUUACAAGUCUCAGAUUUUCAUAAUAGCUGAGUGCUCUUAAAUCCUUAGGUCUGGUCUGUGGCUGAUGCAAAGUGAGUUUAUGUAUUCAGCCAGGUCUUUCUGUCUGCUCUGAACGUCUCUGUGAAUGUAUAAUACAGGAUUCAGGCCUGUCUGAUCCCAGCAGUUGUUCCUUCAAGCUUUAGGCUACAGCGUGGUGUUUAGAAACUUUAAGUAUUAUUUCCAUUUCAUUCACAUUUUAUCUUCAGAUAUAUUAGGUUGGGCUGCUCAUCUGCAACUUUUAGAGUCUAUUCAAAAUAAAUUCUGAAAGUAAAUGGCAUUACUUCUUAAUUUUAACACUGCUCUCCUGUCACACUCAAAGGGAACAAUUUUCUAAGAAAAACUGGGCAGACAAGAAUUGGAUCUUUUGCAAAUGUAAUUGUCUGUCACUAUUAAUCCCUUAAAUAUUGACCGUGUUUUUUCAGAAUCUCAUUUAUUUAGAGAGUCUGUCAUUCAUUGUAGAGAAUGCAGUGUAUUGACCUUGCUUUUUCCAUUAAAUCAAGUUUUUGGAAAUGUAAUUUUCAAGGUUUAAAUGAGGCAGGAUGUUAGCAUAAAGUGUUACAUUAAUACAUUCAUUAAGUUAUAUAUUCUUAGGAAGAUUAGUAAUCUCAAAGCCAGUUACUUUUUGUUGGAAUAUAUUGUUGAUGUGAUAGUUGAAAUUAAAUCAUACUAUCUUACAGAAUCCGCUUGAAGUCAUACACCAUCAUGACUGAAUUAAUACAAGUACUUGAAGAAAGGGCUUAAUGGUAUUAAAGUCCGUUGGUUCAAAAUUGUGACCUAUUGCUAAGUUGUUUUUUUUUUCUUUUUUUUUUGUUACAAAAUGCCUUAUUUUAUAGAAUAAUGUCUAUAUUGGCAUCUAACCCCAAUGUCUAUGUCAGCAUGGUAGCUGUCAAAUUAUUGAGAAGCUACUAGCAAAUGGAGUUGAGUCACUCAGAGCAGCAAGCUGAUAAUAAAUAAGACUCAGUGAGCCCCGAGUGAACUAAUGAUACUGUUCAUCAGGCCAUAUUAACAAUUUAAGAAGAUAAUGUUUUGUUAACAGAAUCAGUUAUUAAUGCUUUCAGAUAUGGAUGUAAUUCUCUUUGUUUCAAAGCAAAUGAGGAUUGCAGUUCUGCUGUAAGUUUCAUGCCAUUUCAAAGGUUCAGCCCUCACACUCCACAACACCCACCAUAUCAAAACAUCUUUCAUUCAAUGUCUAGUAAUUCUGAGAGCAGAUAGUCUAUACCUGUGGAUAGAAAUAAAUUUAUCUGCUUAUAAUUCCCAAGAUAAAUCUGUGGAGCAGUUGCUUUAAAAUAAAUAAAUAAAAUUAAAUUAAACCAAAUUAUAUCCUCUUGCAAAUUUUGAUAACAGCACUGUGUGCUCUUCCAACUAGAACUCCUGUUAAUAAUAAAAUAAACACAUGUAACAUUAGGAUAUAACUUUUUUCCUUGGAAACAGAAACAGUACUUCUGUAUUGGAGCUUAUGUUACUUUUAGAAAAGUAGUUAACUCAAGAAUUUUUUUUUUUCUCCUUUUCUGUAUGUUAGGAUAUUUUAGUCAACAUUUUGUAUUAUUACUACCUUGAAUAUUAAUUUGAUUGAACAUUCAGCCCUUUUAUUAGUUUCUUAGUAUUCUGUAUCGAAAGAAUCAUUUUAAUGUAUGAAAUUACAUAUAUGAAUUAUAUGAGUAUCAGUUAACUUGCUUUCUAUUUCACAUAUUGAAUGAAAGAUAAAAACUUGCUCUGACAUUAUAAAUUUCAUUUAUUUCUUGCAUAUAUCUUACUCUGUUCUAACUGUACUUUUCAUGUCCAGUUAUAGAUAACAUCAGUUGUUUAUAAAAUCUCUUCUCAAAAAUUAGAAGAGGAUACUUCUAAUUAAUGAUAAUGGCAACUUUUUGUUUAAUAAUUGCAUGAUUUUAUACUAGAAAACACCACUAAAAUGUUUAGAGAGGAAUGAAUUUUCCAGAUUCACAAAUUGCUGCAAGUAUCAGGACUUUAAAAUAUUUAUGUAUAUCUUUGUUCCAUUUACACAAAUAUAUUGUACUCCCAUGUAAGAGGAAUCAGUUUACUUAACAAGAUUUUAAAGCUGAUGUCUGUUGUCAUUACAGAAGUUACUGUAGUAUUUGUUCCCUUUAGCAGAGUGUUAAUAAUUUAGGACACUAAAAAUUACCGAAAUGCAAAUUUGAGUGAACAUAUAAUUCUGAAUGGCUACAUUUUCAUUUUUUUCCCUGAAAACUGAGAUAAAUAUCUUGUAUAUGGGACCAAACGUGCUGGAAAACGAAGAAGCUUCAUUUCCCUUUUGAUUUGGAGAAACUGUGGUGUUCCUGUGAAACUGUAAAAAGGAUUGUAUUAAUUCUAAAGCAUAUGUACAUACAGCAUUCACCUAAGUAUUAAUAAACUGUAAUAUUAUUUUAACUUGCUAUGCUAAUGUUUACACUAGAUAAUUUUUAAGAAAAUGUGUAUAUAAAUAUAUAAAAUUUUCUAAAUAUUUUCUUGUAUUUUUUAAAAUAAUCUGUGGUAAUUUUGUUGUAAUUUGGUUGAAACAUACUACUUUAUCAAGAUGAAAAUAAAAAAUGUCCUUCCACAUUUGAAA